CUGGUUUUCAAACAUUUCAGCUUUAUUUAACUUCCUACUGCUCGAUUUAAUUUACAGUGAUUUGAUGCUGAUAUUCAUAUGAAGACGUUUAAGUUCUUAUCGGUACCAUUGCUUCUUGAACUUUUCAUUAUUUUAGAGACUGCUGGAGAGCCUUGUUUUAGUACUUAUCAGUUACCAGUUAUCAAUAUAUGUACAGACGACAUUAAAAUCCAUGAUUUAAGCGAUAAAGUAAUAAUAAAAGCCGAUUCAAGACAAAACUGUACAUGUGAACUAUAUGUAAUCAAUCAAGAUAAAGCAAUUACAGUAAUUAUUAAAAAAUUUGGUCAAGAGAGAAGUUCAAGUCCAUCAGCUUACGGAUGUGGUUUGAUACUGACGUUUGAUAUCAGAUUAGUUCGUUUUUGGGAGGCUGCAUGCAAAGUCGAUAAUAAUAUUUCAACACUGAUAGCAAUCAACGAUGUGAUGACAAUUAAGUCAAUGGCUGUGAAUGGAAUGUUGGAACCUAAUGAAGGGUAUUGUAUUGAAAUAAAAAAAGGAGUAGAUGAUUCAUCUGGAAACAAACUUAAGUUAAAGUGUGGUAUUGGCAGCACCACUGCAUAUUCAACCACAGCCCUGAUUGCAAAAACGACAAGAUCGUCGACUGAAAUAACAAAUCCACUACCAUUGAUGACAACAAGGACGACAGAACACCAAUUAACAACAUCAUUUGACUCUGAUGAAUUCAUCUCUGCAACUGUUACAAGUUCAGAUUUCCCUCUAAACACAAAACAAACAAACCAACAACAAAAAGAUAACGGUAUUGAUGAUACAGCAUUAUACGUAUCGAUAUCAGCAACAGUUGUAGGAGUUGCUACAGUAAUCAUCGUAACAAUAAUGGUUUUAUAUUAUAGAAGGUUCCGAAUAUUGACGCAGUGUAGGAACAGGACAUGUUCAGGAUCAAAUACCAUUUAUGAUACACUGAGUUUAACUUCAUCAGUAAAUGGAGCAGACAAUACCAGUAUUAGUAAUAAUUAUAGUUCUUUAAACAUAAAUGAUUUUCUGUCAUCAUGUGAUAAUAGAAGAUUAGAUGGAACGCAAAACAUUCCUUUAUCUACAAUCAGUACAGUACAGGGAAACAGCACAAAUGUCUCGGAAAAUGAAAGGAAUUACGAAAAUACAAAUAAAAAUAGAAACAAUAGGAAAUUCCUUAUUAUUACGGCCUCAAAAAGUCUUAUAAAAUAUUCUAAAAGAAUGAUCAUUGUAGUAUCUUCUAUUUAUAAAAUGAUUUGCAAUAUAUGAACGUGUUUCCUCUAUCACCAAUUUUCUCUAAUCAACUUAUAUUAAACAAUUUACGACAAUUGGUUACAGAAUCUUGUCCAUCUGACAAUAAUCAAUAAGUU